CUUAUUUGUUUUGCUUUUGUGUCACAUAGUUUUUCAGAGUGUUACGGAAGCUAACAAAAUGGAUGCUGAAGAAUUUAGAAAGGAAGGUAAAAUACUUAUAGAUUACAUCGUAAACUAUUUGGAAAACAUACGAGAAAGGCGCGUUUUUCCCGAUAAGAAACCUGGGUUCAUCGGCGAACAAAUUCCCGACUCAGCCCUGUAGAGGGAGAAAAAUGGGCUAAUAUUUUUAAGGACGUCGAAAAAAUCGUGAUGCCUGGCGUCACUCACUGGCAGAGCCCCCACAUGCACGCUUACUUCCCGGCACUGAACAGCUACCCGUCAAAUGUUGGGGGAGAUGAUCACAAAUGCAAUAAAUUGUUUAGGAUUCACUUGGGCUUCUAGUCCAGCAUGUACAGAACUUGAAAUGAUGGUGAUGAACUGGUUAGCGAAAAUGAUUGGGUUACCCGACGAUUUUCUGCAUAAAAAAGGUGGAACGGGAGGAGGAGUUAUACAGACAACAGCAAGUGAAAGCACGCUCAUUAGUCUUCUAGCAGGUCGAUACGUUGCCUUGAAGCUCUAUAUGGACCUCUAUCCAGACGCCAGUAAACACGAAAUCCAUGGCAAACUGGUAGCUUACUGCUCUGAUCAAGCACAUUCCAGUAUCGAAAAGGCAGCCCUGAUAGGUCUUGUAACAUUACGAUAUAUCGAAUCGGAUGAAAACUACUCUAUGAGGGGGAAGGAUCUUCAAAAUGCCAUAAAGGAAGAUAGAGAUAAUGGUCUUAUUCCCUUUUGGGUGUGCGCUACUUUAGGAACCACAGGAUCAUGCGCAUUUGACAAUUUAGACGAAAUUGGAGCAGUAUGCCAAAAGGAACUGUUAUGGUGCCACGUCGACGCAGCUUACGCAGGAUCUGCUUUUAUUUGUCCAGAACACAGGGUUUGGUUGAAGGGAAUAGAUAAAGUGAACUCUAUAGCAUUUAAUCCUUCAAAGUGGUUGAUGGUUCAUUUUGAUUGUACGGCUAUGUGGGUCAAAAAUAGUGGUGCUUUACAUGGUGCAUUCAACGUCAACCCUCUCUAUUUAACACAUGAAUACUCAGGUUUUGCGAUAGAUUUUAUGCAUUGGCAAAUUCCUCUGAGCAAAAGAUUCCGUGCUCUGAAGCUGUGGUUUGUUAUAAGAAACUAUGGAAUAAGUGGAUUGCAAGAGCACAUCCGCAAGGGAGUGCGUCUAGCGGAAAAAUUCGAGUCUUUACUCCGAGGGGACAGUCGAUUCGAAAUUCCAUGCUCUAGACAUCUAGGUCUGGUUGUUUUUCGACUAAUUGGGGACAAUGUCAUAACAGAAACUCUCUGGAAAAGACUAAACGCCAGAGGAAAGAUUCACUGCGUACCAGCAAGCUUAAAAGGAAAAUAUGUUAUAAGGUUCACAGUUACUUCUCCGAGGUCGACUGUUGAGGAUAUUAUCGUAGCUUGGAAAGAAAUUGUUACAGUUGCUGAUGACUUACUAAAGGAAAAGGCUGCAAUAUCGGCUAGAUCGAAAGUUCCUCUUGCAGAAACGCGUGAUAGAAAUGAAAAUUUUGGCACCAGUCUCCUCUUGUCAAACAUUCCUACUUCUCCCAAGAUAGUGAACGGUUCAUUUGCAGCAAUAUACGAUCAAGGAGACGUAUUGGAUGAGUUUUUGAAGACUAUUCGACUAAGAAAAGAUGCCAAAGACAGUCCAGCAAUGCGAAGAAGAAUAAAAGGGAUCUUGAUGUCAGGAAAGCAGUUCUCCUUAGAUUCAAGAUUAGAUCUUUUUCACGGCAUUGAAUCUACCAGUCGAUCGGAAACUAGUGAAAAACUGCCAUUACUUGAAGACACUAACGAAACAGAAGACACUAGUUGUGCAGAAAGCGACUUUGAGUGUCUGCAAUCACCUGUCAGUGAACCUCUGGACCUUCCAUACCACAGCCAAAACAGAUCCAAAUCAGUCGAUCAACAAGCGGUCAACUUCAUCGAAAUGAAGCAAGUCUGCACAAAGUGUGGUCACUUUGUUAACGGUUUCCCAACGAAAGAAGAGGAAUCAACUUAA